AUGUGGGAGUAUUUGUUCGUGCUGUUGAUCGGCUUCUGGCUUGGAGUUGCUAUAUUCCUCUACGUGUCCUGCUUCUGGCUUGAAGAGAUACUUGACCUGCCUCAUCGGUCAGGGCGAGCUCGGAGCCCCAGUGCGAGCGGUGCGCAUGCGCAGCUCAAACGGCUGGUGGCUCGUGUGGUGGAGGAGGCCGCAGCAUUACCUGCCUUGGCGAGAUACGCUGCCGAGCCCACCACGCCAUGCGACGCUACCACAUACGAGGAUCUACUGGCCACGGCUAUACUCAAUAAGGUGAUCGAGCGUUAUCAGACGGAGAGCGGGUCGGGAGGUCGCAGCAGUGGCAUACACUCAGCCAGCGCCAGCCCCUCACCUUCAGAGCGCUCCUCCCCACGAUCACUGAACUCACGAGCCACGAGAGAAAUCACACCACCGGUGUGUGAGGAAGAUGCGUCAGAUUGGGAGGAAGACGCUACGGAUGGAGUAGAACUGCCGAAGAGAGUGCCCUUCCCUGAAUACGGAGGAGACAUUGUGCAUACAAACGAAUUCCGCGAUUUCGAUGAAGUGUCCGGCAGCGACAUACAAGCUGCGGAUGGCUCGUGGGAAGAGAACUGGCUGUUCCAGAAGAAAAAGAUCAAAACUAUACAAUCAGCGCCCGUCCCCAUGUUAGUACCAAACUCCAACACUCAAUACAGGGCUCUCAUUGGUGAUAGAGAUGCCGACGACACAACGGACCUAUCAGAUAACGCCAGCGACGCUGAGGAAGACCAAUACAAGAGCAGCAUCCAGAAAGCCGUCGCAUCCAAACAUGUGAUUGGUGGAAAACCUAAAAUAGAAGAAGUACUGGACUUUGAACCUGACAGCCUGAAUAUAGUUGAUGAUAUUGAAAUAUAUGAGGAAGAACACCAAGAUGAUAAAAACAUACCUGAUGCAGCAGAGAUUGUCAGAAACGAUGAGUCUAAAUUGGUGGUUGCGGUAGAUAGCGGCCCCAUACAUAAAGCUGAGUUCAAUUUGAAAGAAGAAAUCCAUAGGACUGUAGUUAAUGGCCAUAACGAAGACUCGGAGGAAGAUGCAGAUAAUAAACAUAUAGAAACAUGCGAGAGUAGUACUGUGAACAACACACUGAGUCGUUCUGAACGUGAGAAGGACUAUGAGGAAGCUGUGUCGCUGCCGGUCCAGAGAUACGAUGACAGUCUGAGGAAGAAACACUUCGAGGAACCACUAGAUCACUCCACUCCAAACGGAGUUAAGGAAGAGGAAUUAUUACCUGGUUCCAUCGCAUACAGAGAACGUAAGAAAUGGCUGAAUUACGUCGAAAUGCCGAACAAUCCAUACUCACCGGAAGCUAUCAAGAAGAGGCUUUCAGCGAAGAGCACGUCCUCACUGUUCGACACACUGACCAAGAAAGAACAAUACGAGAAAAACACUUCACACGAAGACGUGUCCACAGAAAAGAUGGAGGAUCAGGAAACGGAAGGUCCAUACAAAAACAGUCAACUGAGAACAAGCAUGAGCUCAGAUAAUGUGUUGGAGAACAAGAGGGCUGUGAGUCCAUCAGUGAGGAGGCUAAGGAGUGUAGUCUCUGAAGACGACACCACCUACAAGAGAUACGACCGUGAUUACUAUAUAAAGGAGGCGAGGUCUUCGUCCGGUGAGCGCAGGAAGACCAGCUCGAGCGGCUCCUUGUGUGGCGCGGGGGGCGGUCCGGAGUCGCCGCGGCCAGAGAGUUCGCCAGUAAGUCCCUUGUGUGAGCUGGAACGAUCAGUGUGUCACCGACGCUCCGCCCUCAGCCCGUCGGUCAGCCCCAACUUCGCCAUCAACCCCAUAUAUGAGAACGGUCUCCCGGACCACGGUCUCCUGGAUCAUGGUCUCCUAGACCAAGCCCGACCCACCGGUGUCUCCGACCACGAGGACUUCCUGAGACUCAAAAUCCCCGAACCCAAGGUCACGGAGGAGCUGUUCGAGAGUUACUACGACGUGAGGAGGAGCAACACGCUGAGGAGUGAUACGUAUCGGAAAAAAAGAUCGCCCAUAGAGUUCAGUUUCGGAGGAAGCGUCAGGUUGAGCAAAGGUUACCGGAGGGACCUCUGGUGA